GCUCUUUUUUUUUUUUUAGCGUACGGACGUUGCGUAGAUCAGCCACAGAGACACACACAGACAUCAUGGCGGACGUCUUGGACCUUCAUGAAGCGGGAGGCGAGGACUUUCCUAUGGAUGAGGACGGUGAUGAAAGCAUCCACAAGCUGAAAGAAAAAGCCAAGAAGAGAAAAGGACGAGGCUUUGGCUCAGAGGAAGGAGCCAGGUCCAGAAUCAAAGAGGACUACGAUACUGUGGAGCAGGAUGGGGACGAGCCAGGCCCUCAGAGAUCUGUGGAGGGUUGGAUCCUGUUUGUGACAGGUGUACAUGAAGAGGCCACAGAGGAAGACAUCCAUGACAAAUUUUCAGAGUUUGGAGAAAUUAAGAACCUGCAUCUCAACCUUGACCGCAGAACAGGCUACCUCAAGGGGUAUGCACUGGUGGAGUAUGAGACAUAUAAAGAGGCCCAGGCAGCCAUGGAAGGGCUCAACGGUCAGGACAUGAUGGGCCAGCCUAUCAGUGUUGACUGGGGAUUUGUCAGAGGGCCCCCGAAGAACAAGAGGAGGGCUGGUGGACGGAGACGCAGCAGAAGUCCAGACAGGAGGCGGCGCUGAGUUUGGCAGUUUUCAUUGGCCAGAUGGAGGUGUCUGUCACUUUGACAGGCAGUUUAUAAUCUUCUCGUCUUCUCAAAAGAAGCUAAAAUCACAAUUUUUGUACAAGUUUUUUCAGUAACAGUUGUAUGGCAUGUAGUUGUGCGAUUUUUAAAUAUUGAGAUAAGAAAUGGCUCCUCUCAGGAGAUGAAGAACGGAAGAAUAAAGUAAUCUAAUAGCAGCGUUUCCAUUUCAUUGUAAAUUGCUUAUGCUGCUUUACAAUGUAGCAGGUUAUCCAUUCAACUUUGUCGGUGAAACUUUGCGUUAACUUUCAGCAACCAACUUGUAGGUAAUACAUGUUUAUAGUUUUCACGAUUCCCUCGAAAUGUGGUUUCAGUUUGCUCAAUGUAAAGUGCAUUUUACCGUGCUGGAGUGCUUUGUUUUAUAUAACAAGGGGAAAAUUAAACUUUUUAAAA